CGCCCCGCCCCGCCCCGGACGUGCUUGGCGCGGCCAUGGCUGCUGUGGACAUCAGAGACAACCUUUUAGGAAUUUCCUGGGUUGACAGCUCCUGGAUUCCAAUAUUAAACAAUGGGAGUGUGUUGGACUAUUUCUCAGAGAGAAGUAACCCAUUCUAUGACCGAACGUGUAACAAUGAAGUCGUCAAAAUGCAGCGGAUGACCUUGGACCAUUUGAACCAGAUGGUUGGAGUGGAGUACAUCCUUCUCCAUGCCCAAGAGCCCAUUCUCUUCAUUAUCCGAAAGCAGCAAAGGCAAUCUCCAACACAAGUUAUUCCAUUGGCUGACUACUAUAUUAUUGCUGGAGUGAUUUAUCAAGCACCUGAUUUAGGCUCUGUCAUUAACUCCAGAGUUCUCACUGCAGUGCAUGGAAUUCAGUCUGCUUUUGAAGAAGCUAUGUCUUACUGUCGCUACCACCCAUCCAAAGGCUACUGGUGGCAUUUUAAAGAUCAAGAAGAAAGAGAGAAAGCUAAACCAAAAGCCAAGAAGAAAGAAGAACCAAGUUCCAUUUUCCAAAGGCAACGGGUAGACGCUUUGCUUUUAGACCUAAGACAGAAGUUUCCACCCAAAUUUGUUCAGCAAAAGCCUGGAGAAAAGCCUAUCCCAGUGGAUCAAAUCAAGAAGGAACCAGAACCAGCCCCUGAAGCUGUCAAGCCAGAGGAAAAAGAGACUGUAAAGAAUGCUCAGCAGACUGCUGCUGCUAAAGGACCACCCGAAAAACGAAUGAGACUCCAGUGAAGGGAGAAGUUGUUGCACUUCUGGAUUAGUCAUUACCUGGAAAACAUGAGAUUCUUGCUCCCCUUUCUUUAUAUUUAAGCUCUUCCACUGAGACUGACAACUCAGGAACUGAAGUUCCUGUAACAGCUUUUUCUGUAGAAACCUUUCAUGCAAAUAUUAAUGUCAGGAUGUGAGCUGCCUCAAAGAAGGUGUUUUCAUUCUUCAUGGGUUUUUUUUAUGUUGGCUUCUGAGAGUGGUUUUUAGAUGGACAUAUUUAGCAGCCUCCUGAAAACUUUACAAACUCUUGCAUCCUUUGUGUCUAGGUUUUCUACGUAAAAAGAAAAAAACUUUAUAUAUAUAUAUAAAAAUCGGAAUUCUUGGCAAAUAAAACUCCUGGUUCAUGGAA